AUGACCGGCAGUCAGUACCGACGAGUUAAUGGAUACAGUAAUCUUUACUGGGGUUGGGGAGGAGAAGAUGACGAUAUUCAUGUAAGGAUUAAGGAAGCAGGAAUGUACGUUUUAAGGCAUCCGAGUCAGAUUGGCAGGUACUCAAUGAUUAAACAUGACCGGGAUCGAGGAAACGAGGUGAAUCCUUGUCGAAUGCAUCUGUUAAAUUCCGCCCGAGAUCGGUUGAAAACCGACGGCUUGUCCGACCUUGCGUAUAGGCUCAUUAGAAUCGACCGACAAACACUAUACACCAAUCUUACUCUGGAAAUUAAAGAUUUUACAAAUCGUACUGUAAUGGUUACUAACGCUACUGAAGCUUCGACUGAAGUUGUCGAAAUCUUCGAUAUCCUCAAGCAAAAGUUUUCCGCUGCCGUCGAAAGGAACAAAACUAGUGCUAAUAACGAAUCGAUUGCGAUCAUUAUUCCCUACCGAGACAGGGAAAGCCAUCUUAUCGCUUUUUUUGAUCACAUCAUACCUUUUCUUGAAAGACAAAACGUUUCAUAUCACAUCUUCGUUGUCGAACAGGUACGCAACCAAACGUUUAACAAGGGCUUGCUGACCAACGUCGGUUUCGUUUUUGCUGAUCGCCUUCGCCGUUUCUCAUGCUUCGUCUUUCACGACGUUGAUCUGCUUCCCGAAGACGACAGGAACCUAUACAGGUGUGGUGACCAACCGCGGCAUUUCGCGGCAGCUAUCGAUAAAAAUGGAUACAGGUAGAU